UGUUCACCUAUGAAGGCAACAGCAAUGACCUACGAGUGGCCGGCUCCGGAGAUGGUGGCCUGGAGGAGAUGGUGGAGGAGCUCAACAGCGGGAAGGUGAUGUAUGCCUUCUGCAGGGUGAAGGAUCCCAACUCCGGCCUGCCCAAAUACGUCCUCGUCAACUGGACUGGUGAAGGCGUGAAUGACGUGAGAAAAGGAGCCUGCGCCAACCACGUCAGCACCGUAGCAAACUUCCUAAAGGGGGCUCAUGUCACAAUCAAUGCUCGUGCGGAGGAGGAUGUGGAGCCUGAACUCAUCAUGGAGAAAGUUGCCAAGGCCUCUGGGGCCAACUACAACUUUCACAAGGAGAGCAGCAAGUUCCAGGACGCGGGCCCUCAAGCUCCCGUGGGCUCUGUCUACCAGAAGACAAAUGCAAUGUCUGAAAUCAAGAGAGUCAAUAAAGAUAAUUUCUGGGCCAAAGCUGAGAAAGAUGAAGAAAACCGCCGGCUGGAGGAGAAGAGGAGAGCGGAGGAGGAGCGGCAGCGGCUAGAGAGGGAGCGGCGGGAGCGGGAGCUGCAGGAAGCGGCGGGACGAGAGCAGAGAUAUAAAGCGAGAUCCAACGAAAUCGAAGCCCAGAAAAGACUCCAGCAGCAGCAGGAGGCAGAGAACAGGGACAAGGAGCAGCAGCAAUGGAAGGAGCAAGCCGAGGAGUACGAGGCCAGGCAGCGGAAGGGCUUCAAAAGGAGCGAAUCGGUGGAGAAAGCCCAGGAGGCCGCGUCGCUGAUAGCGCAGAGGGCGGUGAACCCCCGUGACAUCUUCAAGCAGAGGGAGAAGUCGGCGCCGGCAGACGCGGUGACGCCGUCCCAGCCAGGCAAACUUCGCAGCCCUUUCCUGCAGAAGGAGGUGAACUCUGUGCCGAGUCCUGCCUCUCCUGUCUCUCCUGCCCGAGACGCUCCCCCAGCCUCCUUCACCCCCUCCUCUGCUUGGGGGACGCCUCCGGCCUCUCCAGUACCCGCAGCAGGACGAGACUCUGGGUACAAUUCUGUCCCGGCUUCCCAUGGGGAAGAGGCAAAUCUGUACGAGGAGCCACCAGACCCUUCAGCCAUCUAUGAAGAACCCCCUCAGGAUCAAGUUGACGGUGCCAAAUACGACUACGCAGUCGAGUACCAGCAGCCACCAGACCUGACGGGGAAGGGGCUGUGUGCCCGGGCACUCUACGACUACCAGGCUGCUGAUGACACUGAGAUCUCAUUCGAUCCGGAGAACAUCAUCACCAACAUCGAGAUGAUCGACGAGGGCUGGUGGCGUGGCUACGGGCCCGACGGCCACUUCGGCAUGUUCCCAGCUAAUUAUGUGGAACUGAUAGAGUAAGGGGGCUGGCGGGGGCCACAGGGACCAGAGCCGCUCUGUCCCUCCAGGAGCACUUGGCUCCAGCCUGAUUCUUCCAAACGAUGUGUGGCUUUUAGUUCUUUUUUUUUUCUCUCCAAGUGAAGUGCCAUUGCCCUGCUCCCUCAGCAGCAGGGCUGACCCAGGCGCUGCUCUCCUCUGCCCUCUCCCGUCCCCCACAGCUGGCCCUCAGUGGGGGCGAAGGGUCCCAUCCCAUCCUGAGCCCCUGGAGUGCUGAUCCUCCCCCUCCUCCCUCUGGUUUGGGGUGUGAAUUUUCUUUCAGGGCUGAAGAGGGGGAGGACAAACGCCGUACUGGGCAUUUUCAGGGAACAAGUUGCCUCUCCUGCCACGCUCCCUCCGACCCCGUGGCCUCAGAACCAAUGUGGCCACGACAGAGAAACCACUUUUCCCCAUUUUGGCUCGCUGACAAAGCUCACUGGGUUGAUUUUAGCAUCUCACAGGGGUCUAACGUCACCUGGAGAGCUGAAACCUGGCUCCUCAGCAUUGCCACCACCCCCCUCCCCAAGCAUACAGGAACUCGCCACCGGGGCUGCCAUGAGUGUCCCUGUUUUCCUCCCGACUGUCCCCACUGGAAGGCUUUUCUCUGCCUUCCCUCUCCCUAAACCAUGCUUCGGGGGUUGAAAUCAUGCGUGAGCAAGCUCCCCUGCGGAGGAGAUCCAACGAGGCCAAAGUGGGUGGUUUGGUUGGGUUUUUUUUUAGCAAAACCUGUGAGCGUGGGAUCCCUCCCCUCCUCCAUCAACCCCAAAUUCACUGUGAACAAGGAAGAGCCCAGCCCAGCUGCCACCUUCCCCCGCCCCUUGUUGAGUCUUUUCCCUUGGUGUUGCUUUAGAAGUAGCAGGAGGACGGGGUUUGGGGGGCCGGGGGGUCCUGGCUCGCCCACCCCUCCCAUGGGCACUGGGGCCUGACCGUGUCCCCCUGAGGUCCCGUGGGCUCCUUCCCCCCUGCUCGCUCCUUCUGUGCUGUCCCCGUCCCUCCCAGCAACAAUAAAAGGGCUUUUCUUUGGUGA